AUGGCGACGACGACGACGACAGCAACAACAAUAACAUCUCUCCUCGCAGCCCUCAACUGCAAGGGCGACACACACCUCAUCAUCGGCACAAACCCCCUCGCUGCCGCCCGCUGCACACAGUCCCUCGCCGCCGGUGCCACCACCAUCCUCCUCGCCCCGGACACCUCAGACCUGCAUUAUGGCCUGCAAAAACGUGUCGACGCCGGCGAGGUGACAUGGCACAAGAAAGCCUUUGAGGACGCCGACCUCUUCACCCUCGGCCGCGACGAGGUCGACAACUUCGUCGACGCCGUCUUCAUCACUUCGGGGCCCCGCGACCCCUUGGCGGCGCACAUUUCCGCCCUGUGCAGGCGGAACCGCAUCCCCGUCAACGUCGUCGAUGCGCCGCACCUGUGCUCCUUCUCGCUGCUGUCGACGCACACGGACGGGCCGUUGCAGAUUGGCGUCACGACCAACGGCCGGGGCUGCAAGCUCGCCUCCCGCAUCCGGCGUGAGGUCGCCGCCGCGCUGCCCAAGGGUCUCGGCGCCGCCUGCGCCAGGCUGGGCGAUGUGAGGCGGCGGAUCCAGACGGAGGACCAUCUCUCGGCGCAGCCCGACGAGGCGGAUGACUCGCUCGACCAGACGGCGUCGUUCAACAAGCUCGUCACCGAGGCCGACCUCGACGCCGCCAAGAACAGGCGCAUGCGCUGGCUGAGCCAGGUCUGCGAGUACUGGCCCCUGAAGCGCCUCGCCGCCAUCGACGAAAACGACGUCGAGUCUGUGCUUAAAUCGUAUGCCGGCAACAGCAACGCGCUGCCGGAAGCCGCGAAACCGCCCCCGGCCCCCGCGGGCCUCGGCAGCGGCGCGUCGAGCCCAGUUGCCGCCAGCUCAAGCUCUAGCAGUUCGAUCCUAAGUUUAUCUGCGCAGAAUACUGAAUGUAACGCGGACCAGGCGCAGGAGGAGCUCCACGAGCUCGCGCUCGCGGGCGCCAAAGAGGGAAAGACGGUCCUGAGGCUGAAGCAGGGCGACCCGUUCAUCUACGGCCGCGGCGGAGAGGAGGUGGCAUACUUCAGGGAGCACGGCUUCGGCGACCGGGUCACGGUCCUGCCGGGCAUCACUUCCUCGCUCAGCGCGCCGCUGUUUGCGGGGAUUCCGCCCACGCAGCGGGACGUCGCCGAUCAGGUCCUCGUCUGCACCGGCACGGGCAAGAAGGGCAAGCCGCCGGCGCCGCCCGGGUUCGUUGCCACAAGGACGGUCGUCUUCCUGAUGGCGCUGCACCGGAUCACCGGGCUGGUGCGAGAGUUGACGUGCUACCUCGAGACGGAGGAGCCGGAAGCGGCCGAAGGCAGGGGGGGCGGCGAGGUGAAGGAGACGCCGAAGAGGGCUCUGUGGCCGCCGAGUACGCCCUGCGCCGUCAUCGAGAGAGCGAGCUGCCCUGACCAGAGGGUCAUACGGACGACGUUGGAGCACGUGGCCGAGGCGAUCGAGACGGAAGGAAGCAGACCGCCCGGCCUUCUCGUCGUCGGUCGGGCGUGCGAGGCGUUAUAUGAGAGGGAGAAGGGGCGGGCAUGGGCUGUGGAAGAUGGGUUCAAGGGGUUCGAUUUCGAUGAGCUUCUUGGGUUGUCAUGA